AUGUCAUAUUUUGGUGCAUUAUUCUCCUUCGCGAGGUUGCAGCAUCGGAACAUCAUCCAACGCGUUUUAUAUUCGUCAAAAACCUUAGGCAGUUUGCCUUCGAAACUUUCGCUCACUUAUACUUGCAAAGUGUGUCACACUCGUCAGGGUCCAAAAGAAAUAUCGAAGACUGCUUACGAAAAAGGGGUAGUUUUGGUAACUUGUGAUACGUGUCACAAUCACCAUAUCAUUGCUGAUAAUUUGGGUUGGUUUUCCGAUUUGAAGGGAAAGAAAAAUAUAGAGGAAAUAUUAGCGGAAAAAGGAGAGACAGUUCGACGUUUUACAGUAAACCCGUCUGUUACUGAAUACGAAGAUAUGGUUGCUGCUAUGGGUGAAGUAACUGCUUAUCCUUUCAUACUACGAAAUAUCAAAAGAAGGAUGGAAGAGGAUGAGAGUGGUAGACGUCUGCUAAGGGACCGUCCGCGAAUUACCAAUGCCACAAUCGACCGAAACUACUUGAGAUCUUUGCCAGAUGGCACCUUAGGGAAGGAGUAUGAUAAGUUCCUUCUUCGUCUCGAUACAGACCCAGAUUCAAGACCCACUGUUAAGUUUGUUGAUGAUCCAGAUUUGGUUUAUGUGAUGCAAAGGUAUCGAGAAACGCACGACUUUAACCAUGUCUUGUUGCAGAUGAAAACUCAUAUGUUAGGAGAGGUGACGGUAAAGUAUUUUGAAGGCAUUCAAUUUGGACUUCCGAUGUGCAUUCUUGGCAGUAUAUUUGGUGGGGCUAGACUAAAAAAGAAGCACAGACGCAUACUUUAUCAUAAAUACCUGCCUUGGGUAUUCGAGCAAGCUACAAAAGCUCGUUUGCUGAUCGCUCUUGAUUGGGAAAAUCAUUUUGACAAGCCACUUUCGGAACUCCAAAGAAUAUGCUCAAUAACACCUUGUUCUUAA